AUGGCUACGGUGCUGGUGCAGCAGCAAACGCUGCGACAUGCGACACCUCCUCCAACAAACAUUGCCUCGUCCCUCAGUAUCAACAGGAACACAUCGCCCGUGCCAAACAAGCAUUUACCUGUGUGUCCGCCUGGAACAUCUUCAGCAGCAUCACAGAAUACCGCUCAGAGUGCCAAGGAAGAUGGCAAGGGCCAGCUCGUAUCACUUCUCUAUCCACCCGAUGCGUUUGCGCGAGUAUCGAAUUCACCCCCAAUAUACUCCAUCAACAUUGUAACCUUAGCCGCGGCCCUUGAAUACUGGGCUUCCCAACCAUUGCCAGACCCCAAUCAGGUCUUUCCCUGGCUACAUGGUCUUCACCCUGAAAAUCAUUUGCAAUUGGGCUUUUUCACAAACCGAAGACGAUCUCUUCGUAGGACACCCCAAUGUUGGAGAGGAAUCACAAUUGUCAAAGUUGGCGGUGAUAUGUCCACGUCCCGAAUCAAAGGUGCCGUGGCCCCAGAUGAGAUCCUAGCCCCGUCCGGCUGGGACUUUCUAUCCAUCGAUCCCCGAGAAGGGUUCUCUGUGCGCAACUUUCAGAUCCAGACAGCAAAACUGGCCACUUUGUCCGACAUCGUCGUCUACGGACAGGAUGGUGUCAGCCGGAAACAGCUUUUAGAAGUCGCGGAGAGGAUCGCAACUGCGCAGUAUCGUUGGCGAAACAAGAAUGAUCCGGACCGACUGCUUCCUGGCUUCCAUACGUUUAUACUUUCGAAUGAAUUUUUCGAGAUCGAACGCCGUUGUCCCCGCCUGGUAGCCAUCAACUCUCAAGGACAGCUUACUGGUCAAGUUGUUGAUUUCUUUCAAUGGGAGCGACUCGAAAUGUGCGAGAUGGCGAAAGCUUCUGAAAUCUCCAAGAGCGUCUGGCAAGGGCCAACCCCUGAUUAUAUAUUGAGGACCACACCGGGCGACUCAACCGGAGUUGAAGACUUCGAUAUUCUGAUUGAGACCAACGACCUUGCUGCCGUCCCUGGCCCUCGAUAUCUGGCCAAACUCAAUAAGCAACUGGAUGCUGGGCCUUUGCGACUGGAAUUUCCGUCCUCCGGAUCUCUUGUUGUUCCUUCUGCUGAAACCAGAGAGAUAGACGAUUUUGUCAACACUAUUCGAUGGAUAUACUACGUCGCCAAUCCAGAAGAGCCAGAAUCUCCCACGGACAAGGAUGGAGACGUUGCCAUGAUUCCUCUCCGACGGAAAAGCCGCAAGAUCCUUAUACAUUGUCCAGACGGUUAUACUGAGACCUCUCUGUUGGUGAUUGCUUAUCUGAUGUUCGCAGAGGGGUUACCAGCUCACGAAGCAUGGUUGAGAUUGCACUGUGAUAAGAAACGCAAUUUCUUUGCCUAUCCCUCCGACGUCACCUUCCUGGGCACCCUUCAAACAAAGCUUUUCCAGGACAGCCCUGCGACACAUACGAACAACAUCUCCAGCCUUCCAGAUCCGCCUUGGUUUCGAUAUUGCGACGGAUCCCUUCCAAGUCGCAUUCUCCCGUACAUGUAUCUUGGUAAUCUGGGUCAUGCAAAUAACCCAGAGAUGCUCUGGGCACUUGGUAUCAGACGUAUUCUAAGCAUUGGCGAAUCGGUCUCGUGGCGUGAUUCUGAUGUUGCUCAGAUGGGAGCAGAGAAUCUAAUGCACAUCACUCAAGUUCAAGACAAUGGCAUCGACCCAUUGACUCAGGAAUUUGACCGGUGUUUGGAGUUUAUCCGAAAAGGGAAGCAGGAUGGAGCCGCUACUUUGGUCCACUGCCGUGUUGGAGUUUCUCGGUCAGCGACCAUUUGCAUUGCUGAAGUUAUGGCAUCUCUUAACCUGUCGUUUCCAAGAGCAUAUUGCUACGUUCGGGCGAGAAGACUCAAUGUUAUUAUACAACCGCAUCUGCGUUUUGUGUAUGAGCUUCUCAAGUGGGAGGAGCAGCAACUGCAAAGGCGCAACAAGCCCAUCAAGAGAGAGCUGGAAUGGACCUCGGUGGCUCGAGAAAUCGCACUCAUGAACAAACCGUAUCUGAGAUAA